UCAGUCGUCGGUUGCGUUGUGUGAUUAGAAUAUAAUUACGUGGUGUAAUUUCUACCUGGUUAAAUUUCAUCUAGCCAACAAAUAAAUUAAAGAAAAAACGCCUUGUGCUAGUUGGUGUGUCUGGAUAGCAUUUUUUGCUGUGGUUAAUUUUGAUUUUUAUAGAACAAAAGAGAAUUAACAGCUAAUUGUGUGUGUUUUUGUGGGCAUAAUCUUUCCGAAUUUUGUACCCUGCCAAGAAAGUUACCUGUGUGCUCAUGUUAUUAAUUUUCUUUGUACAUAGAAUGUGGUUAGACGAAAUGGUUGUGCAUUGUUUCUUCCGGUCGUCGUGAUGGUGGCACUAUAGUGAACAGCAGUCGCAGUCGCAGAGAAGAAAAUCAAUCAUCUCCGUCCGAUCGAGCCUUUUUUCGCUGACGACGGAGGAGUGUUGUGUGCUCGGUGGUGGCUGAAAAGUCCGAGUACAGGGGUCGACCAGAGAAAGCAUUCGUAGGUGCGAAAGAAAUGAUAAUGGAAUGAUUAGUAAAGUGGCUAAAGUGGAAACAGAUCCUUAGAUUCGGAUAGGUUCGGAGAAUUGAUAAGUAUCGAACUCUUAAGCUGCAGGUGUAUUUUGAGAUGUGAGCUAUGGGUAACGAGGUUGUGGAAGGAAAUCGAAAGUGACGACCCUGCUGGCUUGAACUUGAUAAAGAUAGGCGCUAGUGACAACGUUAUCAAUACGUGAAAGUGUGUACGUGUGUGGGUGUAAACGAAAGCAAAUAGAAAUUGUCACGUGAAGUUCAAUGUUCUACGUUAGCCGAGCAGUUUCUACCUGUCGGGAAUCUUAUUAGAGCCAGAGCCAGAGUACGAUUGCAAAUGGACGCGUGAGGCUCAACUGGCAUUAAGCUGAAGCAAACGGGGAGAGAUUCACUACAGGUUCGGAUGGUAGACUUGCAGCGCAAAAGAAGAGCACUCUCGUUCUUGGAAAUUACGCAUACAGCCUUACGCGGAUGUAAGAGGCUUCUCUGUCCACUGCUGGAUUGUGGCGCAUCACGAACCACAGAAUCUGACACAAGAAACGGUUGACAAGCAAAACCUGAUCACGUCCGGAUCGCAAACCGGUGUAUUUCAAUUCGCCUGCAGCAGCAGCAGUGGAUCAUCAAUCCGACGACGUGUCUCGCGCGCAGUCAAUCGGUGAUUCUCUUCGGGAAUAGGCAGUUUUGGUACAGUGUAUUGCGUUAGGCUUCCCUGUACCGCUAGUUUAUUUGGUAUUCAUUUCCUGUGAAACUUCGAAAUCGAGGCGAGGUCUGCCACUCCGUCGUCGUCGUCGUUACAACGCAAAUGGGUAAAACCUGCCCCAGUUGGGAAAGGUGACAGCGUGCUAUCGAGCCGCUCAUCCGAGCGACGCAGAUUCACCGGCGUAAUUUUGAGAGGCACCCAAGGCCUCUGGCAAUGGUGGAAACUAUGUAAACAGAACAACCAGUGGUGAACGAAUCUUUCUUUUUCUUUUCCAUCGUCGGUUAAUCGCUACGAAUCACGAGGCCAAAUGAAUGCAUAAAUUGGCCGCAAUGGCAUUAGCCACGAAGAACUGCGAUACCACCUGAAAUUUAAAUUUUUCGCGACUCACUAGGUGAAUCCGUUUCUAGCUUUUUUUCCCCUAUCUAAAGGAAACCCAACACGCGAUAAAAGCCGGUGGAAAAGUAAGCGGAAAAUGUUACUCUAUUUUUGAGCCGGUCCCUGUAUUUGUGCGUUAUUGUGCCGACCGUUGGGUGAUACGCGUGUGCUUACCCUGCCGAGAGAAUAACGUAGUUAGGAGAAUGCGCUCCGGUCGCGAGAGAGGUGAUCGAGAGCUUUGAAACCAAGAGAAAACCAACCGUGAGAGUGAAGCAAGCGAUACCGGUUUUUGGUGAAUAUAGGUUCGUAAACCGAGAGAGCUUGGUGAAUAAGUCUGAAAGUUAAGCCUGUUAUGAUGAAUCCGUACGCUGAGCAUAACGUCAUCCGAGCGCCAUCUCUGAAGCGGGGAAAGAACGACGAGGGACUUAACAAUCGGAUAAAAUUAAAGAAGAUCCUCGGCCUCACAGUAUGCAGCAACGCAGGAUUGGAUGUCUCUUCGACUACGGGUGUCUUGGCAUAUCCAGCUGGAUGCACUGUAGUCCUGUUCAACUCAAAGAAGUUGACGCAAACGUUUUUGUUAAACACAGCCAAGAAGGCCAUCACAGCAGUCGCGUACUCGCAGUGCGGUCGAUAUCUGGCCACUGGCGAGUGCGGCCACAAUCCAUCCAUCAAGGUAUGGGAACUCGAUGUGAACGGGAAUGCAAACUACGAAAACGGAGCCGCCGGCAGCAUUGUGGCGGAAUUCUCCGGCCACAAAUACGCAGUCAGCUGCGUGGCAUUUUCACCCACCGGGAAGUAUCUUGUCUCGGUGGGCUCACAGCACGACAACGUGGUGAACGUGUUCGAUUGGAAGGCCAAUCUGAAGAUUGCAUCGAACAAAGUCAGCGCAAAGGUCGUUGCUGUGAGCUUCAGUGAAGAUGCAAAUUAUUUCGUAACGGUUGGAAACAGGCACGUCAAGUAUUGGUACUUGGAGGGCAGCAGAAAGUACAAGGAACCGAUCCCACUGAUGGGACGGAGUGCUAUAUUGGGAGAGCUGCGAAAUAAUGACUUCUGUGCGGUUGCAUGCGGCAAGGGAGAGAUGGCGGACAGUACGUACGCGAUCACGCGGAACGGACAUCUGGUGGAGUUUAACGCACGACGAUUGCUAGACAAGUGGGUGAUGUGUAGGACAAAUGCGGCCAACUGUAUGGUCACCAGUACAAAAUAUAUCUUAGUGGGAUGCGCGGAAGCCAUCAUUAGAGUAUUCAACGCGGAAACCUUGGAGUACAUAACGACCCUACCGCGAACGCAUUUCCUGGGCGUGGACGUAGCUCAGGGUGUCCACAUCAACCACAUGAUGACGACGCCGCAAAAUGCCAAAUACCCAGACACGAUUGCGAUCGUGUACGACGAGAACCGAUCGAAAGUGACGUGCGUGUACAAUGAUCACAGCCUGUACAUCUGGGAUCUGCGUGACAUCCGACGGGUGGGCAAGAGCCACUCGUUCCUGUACCAUUCGGCUUGCAUCUGGGGUGUAGAAACCGUGCCAUUUAGCUAUCUGAAGCACAACGUGUCGGAUAUGCUGCCAUCGGAUAGUUUUCUGACUUGCUCAUCGGACGAUACGAUCCGUGUGUGGGACAUCGAUAACUGCGAAAGUAACGACCUGUACCGAAAGAACAUCUACAGCAAGGAGCUGAUGAAAGUGAUCUACAUCGAUGAAGAGUUGAACUUCAUUAAAGAUGUGGACAAUCCGAUCCAUAAUACGGAGAAAAACUCCAGUUACGAUGGAAGAAACGGAGUUCGAUGCAUCAAGAUCAACCCGGCAAAUAGUCAGCUGGCAACGGGUGAUAGGAGUGGCAACAUUCGAAUCUAUAAUCUCAGUAAUCUUAAGCUGAUCACUACGAUCGAAGCGCAUGACUCGGAGGUUUUGUGUCUGGAAUAUACGAAUGAGAAAAUUGAGCGAAAGCUGCUGGCAAGUGCCAGCAGAGACAGGUUGAUUCACAUCUUCGAUUGCGAAGCGGGUUACAGGAUCUUACAAACACUGGACGACCAUUCGAGCAGUAUUACCUCGGUUCGGUUCAUUGGGAUUGGCAAGCAGUUCCAGAUGGUGUCCUGUGGUGCCGACAAAUCCAUCAUCUUCCGCAACUUCCAGAACAAUGUCUUUCUGCGUGGCAACAAUUGUUCCGGCAAAAAUACGCUUUACGAUAUGGAAGUGGACAGUAACUAUAAGCACAUUCUGACGGCAUGUCAAGACCGAAACAUUCGAGUGUAUAGCACGCAAAAUGCCAAACACACAAAGACCUUUAAAGGUUCGCAUUCCGACGAAGGCAGUUUGAUUAAGGUUAGUUUGGAUAUGAGCGGCAUCUACAUUGCUACUUCUUGUACGGACAAAACCCUUAGCGUUUACGAUUAUUAUUCGAAUGAGUGUAUGGCACGAAUGUACGGUCACAGUGAACUGGUGACCGGGUUGAAGUUCACAAAUGACUGCAAACACCUCAUCUCUGCCAGUGGUGAUGGAUGUGUCUUUAUCUGGCAGGUGCCACAUGACAUGAUCGUAACGAUGCAAGCUCGGCUUUCACAACAGGCUUUGCGUUCCGGCCAUCAGCCUGUUCCGCGUCCUCUCUCCAAUUCAUUCACCGAUGCCAUUCUGGAGCAUCAUCAGCCAAAUAACGAGCAGUACGGAUCACCACCGAAUAACCUGUUCAUUGAGGACGCUCCUGUUACGCCUGGUUAUCGGUUUUCCGAUGUCGGCCAGCUUCCUCAGUGGGCUAAGCGAAAACCCACUGAAGAUCAGUCGAAUUCACCGGUUCUAGGUAGCAGUCCGAGUCAGCAUCAAAAUUUCGGUGGGCCGCCGAAGCCUCGCGGUCGAUGGGGACAAAAAGGACAAUUUGACGAAGCACUAGAUCUGCGGAACAUCGUUGACAGUCCGAUGAAUGUAACGUUCAGUCAUGACAAGGUUGGAAUACAUCAUGUUAACAAUAAUAAUACACCGACCUCGGGUUAUAACAGUGGCAGCUCUAAGGAUGUCUACAGUAAUGCCUAUCUGAGUGAGGACAGUUCGAUUGAUAGUGGCCGGGAGAAUCGGCGCGACAUCACAUUUCUGCAUAAGAAAAUAUCCGAAACUAAGGCACUGAAUUCACUCAAUUCGGAGUCUAAUACGGAGCAUGACGGUGACGUUGAAGACAUUUCCGACGGGGAACGAACCAGUUCCGAGCACGGAAUGGUGUACUACCCGACAGCGGCGCCAUCAACGCCAACAGAUUUCAAAAUCAACGAGAUCGACGUCAACGAACUGCGCAAAUCAAUCCGACGGCAAAAAUUGGAAAAGCAAGGCCUUAGUAUCGCUACGCAGCUUCAGUUGCAAAGUGCUGCUUCAACGGGAACCGGCACCGGUACAUCGGACGACGAAGAUGAGGGUUCUACUCCUAGUGGCGAUAACGCCGAUCGUUCACUAGCAUCUACGCUUGGUGGCAGCUCGGAAAGCAUACCACAGCAAACGUCUUCCACCUUUUUGCAGGCGGCGCUGGAUGGACCGGCUAGUCUAUCGGAUAAAGAACGUGCCCAAAGCCGUAAAAGCAUCAGCGCGAUGCACAACAAUGAUGCCAAAAUUACCACCAGUAUCUCCAAAUCGUACGCCAACAACAAAAAGGAGGAGCUGAUGAAGGUCAUUAACGAGGCCAAAGCAAAGCUGGAGAAUGGGAUUCUAAUUCAUAGUAAGCGUGGCGUAAAAUAUUCACUAAAUAUAGUUCAUUCUAAGGUUGGUUACCGAUCCGGUCUCCGCGCUAGUCAGAGCAUUUCCGAUCUAAGUCAUCCGAUGGGUGGAGGCGGUCCCGGAGGAGUCGGCCGAUUGCAGAGGAUAGGUGACUCACCUUGUUCCUACCGAAACUAUCCUUCACCUUCUUCCGCGUCAGGAACUCAUAACUAUCUAAACUGUGCUGUGCCUCGUUCGCGUCUAGUUCAGAAUUGUGCCAUGAUUAAUCAAUUUCAGCAAGAGUUACCACCAUACCCUAGAAACUUGGGCAUCUAUUCAAAACCGAACGGAGAAGAUAGCGUCGAGGAAACGUUGAUUAGACCGGAAAAACUUGAGCUUCCAGAACUGCCUCCGGUUCCAGCGGAUAAACUUCGCAAACACCCAGGAAUACUCAAAAACUAUAAGUCGUGUCCUGUGUCACCGGUACACGAGGAACAGGAAUGGAGUAUUCUGUCCAACCAGGACGGCGAACCUGGUCCUUCGGAACGUCAAACGCGACACCAGUCCAUGUAUUACGAAGAUGCCAAAACAAUCCUGGACAUGAUUCACUCCGACACGGAGAAGAUGAUUCAGGAAAUCACCAGCAAGUACGGAGAUCUGGAUGAUUACGAACCGAACAAAUCGGGCCAUCAAACGAAACCGGCCAUUCUACCCACUUGUCGUAGUGAGCCCAGAUGCUUAGAGGCCGUAGUUGGUGAAUCUCCCAAAGAGGCCAAAUGUACCGCUCGGAAAGAAAGAAACGAGCACGGAUUUCUCUCCGAGGACGACCCUAAUUUUAGCUCCGACUCCCUAGAGGACUGUAGCUUAGACUUAGACAUAGAGAAGACUGAACACGGUAGAAGUAAACGUAACACCUGUGCCAAACAUCAAAAAUUGUUACUACGACCGAUCGAUUCACUGCCGAAGCGUUCCGUUUCGGAAUACUUCAUCUACGAUGGCUUCCAACCGGUACCGUACAGAAAUGUUUCCCUUUCGGAUAUUCUGGACGAAGACAAGCGUAGUCCUGACAAUCGCUUUCUGGAAACGCAGCGUCACUCCAGUGCUAGUUUCUUUCUUGGACAGCAGUACCCGGAUCGCAAGAGCCAGGAAAGUAUUCUGUCGGAUGAUUUUGGAAGUGGCGGUGUGAGCUAUUGCAACAGUAUGGAAAGCAUUUUAUCGGAUGAUUCGGAAUGUAAGAGUGCCCCGCUGGAAGUGCUGUUCGAACGGAUCAAGCGGGAUCGUAGCUACUGUGCCAACCAGGACAACUACAAAAUCGACACCGGCGGAAACUCGAAGUCGUACGGAUCGAGCCCGAACACUGGCUGUGGUUUUGACUAUUACAUGCAAAGCAACUAUUUUAACCGGGAUCAUCCCGAUAGCUACGGGUACGAAAACUUGGAAACUGGCAGUAGAAUUUGUGAAGCCCGAUCACCACAGCACAGACGAUUGGGUGUGCCCGGUAUGACAACAUCCGUCAGUUAUCCAAGGUUUAUAUCGAGCUCCGCUAUGACAGCCACCGCUGAAGAACUAAUCGAGGAAGACUUUAUCCCCUCCCUAACGGCAAAAGUCGCACAAUACGGCGGAGGAACGGUAAAGAGCUUGAGCAAAGACUUCGCAAACCAGCGAAAACAAAUGAACUCUAACCCGAUGUACAAUUGCGAAGGAAAUGAGCUGUUCGUGCGAAAGACAGUCAACGCUACCAACCAAAUCACCCGAUCGGACAUUUUUGGCAAUGAAUCGUCGGUGUAUGUGAUGAAGAAAUCAUGCAGCUUCGAGAUCGAAAUGGGUGGACGAAGAAUCGCUCGAAAUUCGAAAAAGUUUGAGCAAAAUCUGCAGCGCUUCGAGCAGGAACGUCAGCAGCAAUCGGAACGCUAUCGACUCGGUGGAACACUGGAAAUGGAUUAUGUACCGCACAAACCUCCGGUGGCGCAUCGGCGAUCGGCAAGCAUGAAAGGUCGAGGUCGGGUGCGGUCCAAGGAGAAAUUUAACACCAUAAUUGGACAGCUAUCUGCUUCGGCACACGAGGACAACAAGCUUCGUGACUUCGUCAAUAAAGACUACAUGCCAAGGGAUCUCAGUGUGGCCAGUUGUUCCAGAAUUACCGCGCUGAACUCGGGAGAUGAAAAAUCUUUCGAAAUUUACGUGGCCGAGAAGGGAGUCAGCGAGAAUGAUAAUUUGGAUAGUUUGGAGCUACUCUCAAAGCCGGACUUGCGUAAGGAAAAUUCCAUUGAUUCUUUGGAUGAUUGCCACCAGCAGCAGGGACCGGAAUGUAAAGAAUCCCCUGUUAAAACUAGAGCGGAGCUAGACAAGUUAAUCGAUUACAGUUUGCUUUCGUCAGUAGAAUAUAAUAGAUUUUUGGAUAUCGAGAAAAAGAUCGAUAUUAUCAACAAACUGGUUGAGAUGGAGGAACGCAAGCUGGAGCAGGAGCGAACGGCAAAGGAAAAUCGAAUGAAACCGUUCGAGUGUGACUCGCGACAGAAGGGCUACGUGAAGAGUUUAACGGAAAACUUCGAUAAGCUUGCCAAGGACGCCCAGGAGGAGCUGGAGAACGAGAAAAAUUGGCACUUUGCUCACACAGCCAAAAUGAAGCGUAACUUCAGCCUCCCGGAUGUGCUCGAGGGUGCCAAGUUUCAGUCGAUAGAUUUCCAAGAUCCGGAAAAUCUGUUCAAGCAAAAGGACGAGGAAGAACUGUCGGAGAAGGAUGAACAUUCGCUGGGAUACGCGGAGGGUGAAGGCGGUAAUCCCCGAAGCUUAAUCUCUGCGCAAGAUAGUGAUGAGUCAUCGAUUAGACGUGCUUGCUCGCUUAGCGAUUUGAGUAUGGGAAAAGCCUCGAACUACAAGCCAGUACCCAGCAGUCGUAGCAACGUCCAGCAGCGAAGCGUUCCCAAACGAAGCACCUCUUCGGUCGGGAAGGGUGGCGCAUCGCUAUCCUCCGGUAUGGGAGUGAGGAGUGUUUCGGUUGGCAUGCUAAAUCAAGCGAGCGACUCUGAACCGGAACCUUCGGUGGUGACCCGUGGUGGUUUGAUGAAACCUACAAUCAGUUCGCAGAACAAAGUUAACGGAACCGGCAACACCGGAAAGUACAUCAACCCCCGCAGCGCAGCCGGUAUCAUUAACCGACGCAAAGGCUUACAGAAUGCUUACAGCAGUGUGAAUAUCGCUUCCGCUACCCAAGACGAAUCCAGUUCGGAGGAGUCACCAACCAGCACCGUUAGUACCGUACCAGCGAAGCCUGCCGUUCCGCCCCGUCCACGCAGUAUCGCGCUGGAACAUAAACGAAUAGCGAACGUCAAUGCCAGUUUGAAUGCGAAGAAAGCCCCCACCACCAACAUGGAGAUGGAAAGCAUGAUCAAGGACGGCGAUCUGGAUAACGCUGACUUGACCAAUCAACUCUGCUCCAAUAUAAUUAAUCAGCUUGUACAAACGACGACGUCGGUCAUCCAGCUGCACCAGCGGCUAAAGUCCAACGACGAAUCCGGCGGCGGUAGUGGCAGAAAUAAUUCACUCAUGAUCAAAGAGUUGGAAAAUGCGGUCAUUAUGACGCAGAACAUGCUGAUGAAGGUGACAAAUAGGAACAACAUCGGCGAUAGCAUCAACCUAAACAACAGCACCAGCAUGUACGAGAAAUGUAAUGACAUCCUGAACCAGGUCCAAAAGCAUGUAAACAAUAGCGGCUGAUGGCAGCCCUAUCAACGCUCAUAGCAGACAUAGCAAGCGGGCAUUCCAGCAGCUGACUGUCGUCGAUAAUCGCCCUGGCUACUACUGUCUGCAACAGUAUAGAAGAACUUGUCCAUCAGUUUUACUCUAUGUACUUUGUUUUUGGGAAUGUAUAGGCUCUAGGAGAAUUUUGCGUGUGAUACGAUUGUUUUGUGAUUGUGCGUGUGACAAUGUGGUUGUAUCGAGAGCAGGAACACUUCACCGGUUCACACUGUACAAUAAAUACCACCUUCCCUACGCCAGGCAAGGAAACUUAACAAAAUAACAAGAUCAGCUUUAACGCCCAGCGCGAAACGAAUGUUUUUGAUGGAAUUGUCGUAACCCAAAAAAAGAAGAAAAAAAAAACGCGUGAAUGUGAUUAGUUUGUUGUCGUUGGUAUUAAUCAUUGCCAGAUGGCAAGGUAGAAUAAAAGUCGAACUAAACAUAUGAAAUGUGCUUAAUUCAAUUACCUACGUAACAGAAGCAACGUUGAAAACAGAAUCAUAUUUCGUCCAAUUUAGUUGAUAGUUAUUUUAUACGGUUUUUAAUGAUAGUGAAAGAGAUCACGAAAUGUUUAUGUUCGUCCGUUUCCCUCGAGGAGCGGAAGUUUUUGAGAAAGGAAUGCGCCAUAUCUAGAUUUGUUAGUUGAGAAUGUUUUUUUUUUUCGUUGAACACCAGUUCUAGGAGUCAUUGGUAGGUUAAUCAUUUUAGCGCUUUGAAACCUUUCAAAACAUUUUGAAGAAAGGAAAAUAUUUCUACUGUUAGAUUUACCCUCUGUUGCACCGGAGAGUAUUCCACGUUCACAUUCUACAGUCAAGUGUUUCGUUUCUAAAUUCUAGUUUAUCUAGCUUCGGACGUUUGCCAUUCUUCGUAGUUAUGUUAAACUCAAUUUUUAGUCAAAGGCUUGAAAUAGAGGAGAGCUUAAUUCCACCCGCUCCUAGCAAGAUGUAACAACUGAAACGCUAAGGCUCGGUCGUUUUGUUGAAUUGUCCUUUUACUAGUUGCAAGGCAUAGCUGUAGAGUAGGUUCUAAUGUUCCAUCAAACUCGUUUAACAAAUUCUAGUACUUUAAAUGGUAACGCAUUGAAUAAUCACUUAAUACCUAUUAAAUCAUAUUGAUUUAUCCUACUAAAUGUAAGCAAAGUUUUAAGACAAAAAAAGAUUUGAGUCCUGUACCCUCACUCUCUCCUAUUAUACCUUCUGUUCCAAAUAGAGUUCCGAUCGUGUCGAAAUAAUAUCAUUCAAUAUAAUGUAAAAUUGACAGAGAUCAAAUUAAUCGUAUGUCAUCAGUUGUCGAGGAAGGUUUUCCAAUUGCAAAUGUUAGGCAACAGCAGAACAAACCACAAACAUACACACAAAAAAGAAACCUCAAAUCAGCAACACUUGAUAGUAGCAGUAGCUGAAACGGAAAUCAGCGAUUUCACUAGUAGAAAACAGAGAAACUUUGCUUUCAUCUCAACCUCAGGCUCAUCCUAACAUUUUGCUGUAUACUCAACUAAACUAAAAAAUACGAGGCAAAUAAAACUUACAAAACACCUCUUGUAACUAACAGAAAAUAUGAAAUCAAUUAACAAUGAUUAGGCUAUUAACGUACAGUUCAUCUAGCUUUGUACCACUAAGUCUAAUUUAAACUAAUUAUUCUGACUAUAAUGCUCGAGUUCAAAUAUGAGUUGAAAGGAUUGAGGAGUUGAACAUCGGUAACGUGAAGGAAUUUGUUUGCGGCAGUUAGGUUUGCAGAUUAGUAUGAACCGUAAGAUUUGAAGCGAUGGGAAUAAUUAACUGGAAGUAAACUACUGAGUAUUUAAGUGUAGAUUUAUUCCUCUGAUAAACGUGAGAAGAACGAAGCGUCAACACUAACUUUAUGACGAGAAAGAAGAAAAUAUAUUUAAAAAGUCAUAUUUUGAAAACAA